AUGGCUGUGGCGGUGACCGUUUGGGGCGUGCCCAGAGAUGGGCUGCCCACGAUCGAGCCCACGUCUCUGUAUGUGCUGGCGCUCCUGCAGCUGGCGCAGAAGCAGGCUGUGGUGCUCACGCCACCGACGCUGAUCCACACCGAGGCUGUGCCGGCGCUGUACACGUUCGAGGGCCACGUCGGUGAGGUCCUGGCUACGACGCCCACGGACAUCCGCUCGCAUCUCCAUACAGGCCUCGAUGCAUCGGCGUACGCCGUACAUGCCGCGCUGGACGAUAUGCUAAGUGACCUGGUGCUGCACACGCUCUUUUCCCUCCCCCUCAACUUUCAAAAAGUGACCUGCCAGGCACUGACGCAGCGCACCACCAUACCAUCCUCGCUGCCGCGACGCAUGCGCGCAGCUGUGCGUGCGCGCCUCGAGAGCCCACAUAUCCGUCUGUGGGGCAUGGGCGGCUCAUGGGACCGCGAGGAACGCCAAGAGGCUCAGCGAUGGCAAGCGUCAGCCGGCCUCACGGAGGCGCGUGAUCCGCUCACCUGCAUGCCGCGCCAGGGCUUUUACUCUUCGCUGACGAGCGACAUGCGCGAAGAGUGGGAGCGCUCGCGACUCGCGACGCGCGCGCGGCGCGUCCUUGCCGCGGUAGCGAAGCAGGCGUCUACGCACACAGCCACGCCCGUCGAUGCCCGGCUCUAUUCGUUGCUGGCGCCGCUUCUCUACGUCGAGUGGCCCGUGGACACGCUACCUUCUCUCAUCCGCCGCGAGUUCCCCGGGCUGGUCGAGCACACACACCGCAUGCACCGUCUCUUGUGGCACGAUGCACCCUGGGCGUGGGAGCGCCGGCCGUUCCACGUCAUGCCCGCAUCGACGCCCUGGUGGCGCACACCGAAGGCGCCGCGAUCGGACGCCCCGCUGCCGCCUACGUUGCGCUACGGCCGCCUACUGUGGUCGGCCCUCGCGAUCCUCGUCCCGAUUCCAUGGCUCUUGCUCACGGGCAUGAUUGCCAUUGAGACGGAGGAGGAGGAGGACGAACCUGAGGAGGUCGACGACGACGGCGAGGACCUAGACGGCGAGGACCUGGAUGCUGGCGAGGACCUGGAUGCUGGCGAGGACCUGGAUGCCGGCGAGGACCUGGAUGCCGGCGAGGACCUGGACGUCGAGGAGGAUCAUAGCUAG